AUGGACAAUAGCAAAGAAAGGUUCAUCCCGCUCAUCGAAAGUGAAGAAUUCGAUAAAGACCAAAAACUUGUAAGCGAUUUAUAUCCAAGAUCUUUUGAAGGAUAUUCAUUACUUGAAUUAUGUUGUUAUUAUGGGGCAGUUGAUUGUUUCAAGUUAUUAAGGACGAAAUUUAACUCAGAAAUCACUAAAAAAUGUCUUAAGUUAUCAUUUUUAAGUGGAAAUCCAGAUAUCAUUAGUGAAUGCUUGAAAUAUCAAAAACCAAAUGAAAAAUGCAUUAUUUAUGCAAUUAUUUCACAUAACAUUGAUUUUGUUACAUUCUUGAUGAAUGAAUACAAUCUAAAGAACAAUUUAAGUAGUUGCGUAUGUCACAAUAAUCUUGAAUCAUUUUUAGUAUAUUUCGAUCAAACUAAUGAUAUUAACAAAUGUUUUGUUAAUUCAACUGUAUUUAAUAUUCCUUCCCUUUGCGAAUAUUUCCUUUCUCUUGGUGCAAAUAUUAGAGAAAGAGAUGAAUAUGGAAGAACAGCACUUCAUAAUGCAACCAUUUAUAAUUGUAAAGAAAUAAUUGAAAUCCUUCUUUCACAUGGUGCAAAUAUCAAUGAUAAAGAUAAUUACGGAAAAACAGCUCUUUUUUACACAGUAGAUCAUAAUAGAAAAGAGAUUGUUGAACUUCUUCUUUCACAUGGUGCAAAUAUCGAUGAGCAGGAUUAUUUAAGGAAAACAACACUUUUUUAUGCAGUUGAAAAUAAUUGUAAAGAGAUUAUUGAGUUUCUUCUUUCCCAUGGCGCAAACAUCAAUGCGAGGAAUCAAUAUGGAAGAACAGCAUUGAUUAUUGCGACAUUUAAUAAUAAUAAAGAAAUUGUCGAACUUCUUCUUUCGCAUGGCACAAGUCCCAACGAAAAAGGUAUGAAUAAGGAGACAGCUCUUCAUUGUGCAGCAUAUUAUAAUAGAAGAGAAAUAGCUGAACUUCUUUUGUUAUACGGUGCAAAUAUUGAUGAAAAAGAUAAAGAUGGAAACACUCCUCUUUUUUAUGCAACCUAUAAUAAUAGUAAAGAAACGAGUGAUUUUCUUCUUUUACAUACUUCAAUAAUCAAUUCUUGA